AGUCGCACUUUACCUUCUCAAUUGAUAUUUCAAUUAGAUUUGUAGCACCAACAUGGCCACCCCAACCGAGCCCGAGAUAGUUCUGUACGACUUGGCCUGCACUAAGCAUGUCUGCUUCUCCCCUGCUGUCUGGCGUAUCCGUCUCAUGCUUAACUAUAAGCGUGUCCCUUACAGGACCAUCUUCCUCGAAUUUCCGGAUAUCGAGCACACGCUGAAAGGGCUCGGCCUCGUCCCCAGCGAAUCCGCUUCGGGCAAAUAUACCGUGCCCGCAAUCCAACAUGUGCCGACCGACACUUACAUGAUGGACUCGGCUCCCAUCGCGCAGUUCCUCGAAUCGACCUACCCAGACCGGGCGGUACCGCUGAAGUCGGAGCUUGGCAGCGAGAUCGAGGCUAAAGCACGCGCCGUGGGCGGCGCGGCCUUCCGCAUGUCGGUGAUGCCACGUGAGAUAGGCAUACUCUCGCCCCGCGUCCAGGAGUACUUCCGGCGCACACGCGAGGCCUCGCUCGGGCACCGGCUCGAGGACCUACUCGAUCCGGACAAGGAGGAGCAGGUCUGGAACGCGGCGGCCGAUGGCAUGCGCGCCGUCAGCGAGUUGAUGCGGACGAACAAGGCAGAUGGGCCGUUUGUGCUGGGCGCCCGGCCGAGCUACACCGACUUCUUCAUUACAGGGUCUCUCCAGUCCGCGAGGGUGAUAGAUGAAGGUGUGUUCCAGAGGAAUAUCAAGUACCCUGGUUAUAAGGGGAUUUAUGAGGCAUGUCUUCCUUACAUGGAGAAGGAGGACUGAGCUGGUGGAACCGCAGGAAAAGCCACCAGUGAGGAUUUGUUGAUUGGGGUCAAGGACUCAGUUGCUAGAAUAGGGAGAUAGGACUGAAAAAUGGUGUUGGAC